GCGGCUGCGGGAGGCGGCGGCGCUCGCCGGGAGCGGGGCUCGAACCCGCGGCGCUCGGAUGCGCGCUGCGGGCACGGCGGGGCCGCGGUCGCCCGUGGGCCAUGGAGCUGCCCACGGAGCUGCCCACGGAGCUGCCCACGGCCUGGGCCAACGGCACCUCCUGGGUCCCCCUCCCCGGCCCCGGAGGCAACGGCACGGGGCAGCCGCGGGCCAAGGACGCCACCUCCAUCCUCAUCGCCAUCGUCAUCACGGCGCUGUACUCCGUGGUGUGCGUGGUGGGGCUGCUGGGCAACGUCCUGGUCAUGUACGGCAUCGUCCGGUACACCAAGAUGAAGACGGCCACCAACAUCUACAUCUUCAACCUGGCCCUGGCGGACGCGCUGGCCACCAGCACGCUGCCCUUCCAGAGCGCCAAGUACCUGAUGGAGACGUGGCCCUUUGGGGAGCUGCUCUGCAAGGUGGUGCUCUCCAUUGACUACUACAACAUGUUCACCAGCAUCUUCACCCUCACCAUGAUGAGCGUGGACCGCUACGUUGCCGUUUGCCACCCGGUCAAGGCCUUGGAUUUCCGCACGCCGGCCAAGGCCAAGGUCAUCAACGUCUGCAUCUGGGUGCUCUCCUCCGUCAUCGGGGUGCCCAUCAUGGUCAUGGCGGUCACCAAGUCGAAAGACGGGAUGGUGCUGUGCACACUGCAGUUUCCCGAUCCUCCCAUCUACUGGGACACCGUGACCAAGAUCUGCGUCUUCAUCUUUGCCUUCAUGGUCCCCAUCCUGGUCAUCACCAUCUGCUACGGGCUGAUGAUCCUGCGCCUGAAGAGCGUCCGCCUCCUCUCGGGCUCCAAGGAGAAGGACCGCAACCUGCGGCGCAUCACACGCAUGGUGCUGGUGGUCGUGGCAGCCUUCAUCAUCUGCUGGACGCCCAUCCACAUCUUCGUCAUCGUCUGGACGCUGGUGGACAUAGACAAGAAGAACCCCUACGUGGUGGCCAGCCUGCAUUUCUGCAUCGCCCUGGGCUACACCAACAGCAGCCUCAACCCCGUCCUUUACGCUUUCCUGGAUGAAAACUUCAAGAGGUGUUUCCGAGAGUUUUGCCUGCCCUUCCGAGCCCGCGUGGAGCAGAACAGCUUCUCCCGAGCCCGAAACACCAUGCGGGAGCAGGUCUCCACAUGCACCCCCUCCGAGGCCCGCACCAAGCCGGCAUGACUAGCCGUGGGCAGCCAGUGGCGGGGUGGCAGGGGGGACGACCUGCGCUCCGAAGUGACCCAGGUGACCACCACGGAGCUGUAGCAGCGUGGCGGCCCCAGCGUUGCUCGAUGCUGCUGAGACUGAAAGCAAUUCGCUGCAAAGAAUUAUUUUUAACCCAAGAUAGGGGAAUGGGGACUCACCGAGCAGCAAGGAGCCAUCCGCUGCGUGCGUGGAAGCGUUUGGGAUUUCUUUCUGCCAUCACCAGCCGGUGGGAAUGGCAAAAGGAAAACCCACUGGUGAGCAGUGGUUUACUGGAGUCCUCCAAACCAGGACUGGCCAUGGAGGAUGACUGUUGACUGUUAAUAUUAUUGCUGUAUUAUUCUGAGAUUUCCAAGAGCAGCCAGGGCAGUCCUGCACACGGAUGAGAUGCCGACAGCACCAGGGGCCAGAGUGGAACACGCUCCCUGCCACCAUCACUGGUGCCAAAUUCCCCAGCCCCGCAUCCAGCAGGGUGAUGGGGUACUGCUCCUCAUCUGUCUGCCUCCAAAGACAUUAAGCCCAAGAAAGAUUUCAUUACAGGAGCAAUUCAUGGGAGUUCCUCACAGCACUAACGCGAUUAGGAUGGAUGAGCAGUACUGGUGCGCAGCUGGGGAGCGUGCAGCAUCCAGCCCCUCAUCCUCCCCAGCCCUUAUAAACUCCCCGGCAGUUUAUAAACCCACAGAUACACAAGGCAGAGUUUAGGAUUUGCCACCUGCCUUCGCUGUGCUGAAAAAUAACCCUGGGGCAGACCAGAAGCAAAGAUUUUGCCAUUUCAUGCUCGGCACUCGCCCGGAUCUCCGUCCCGCUCUCCCAGCAGCCUGCAGCAGCUCGAAGGGCGCACAUCCUGCAGCGGCACUGGCCCGGGGGCUCUGGACUGCAUUUCCACUGCUAAAUGCUUACAGAUGGGUCCCUGGGAGCUGCAACCCUUCCUUCCUCUCACCUUCCCACAGCCACGUCUGCGCCCAUGAGGUCAAACGGCCCACAAAGGACGGGGCUCAUGAGGAACGGUAAUAGCUUUUAUUGGGCAAAUUGAUGCUGCUGGAGGAAGCAGGCGAGCACCCGGCUGCACCUGGGGCUCGUGGGCUGGAAGGAGAGGCUGGCUUGUGUCUCUGUUUUUUCCAUUUGCAUCAAUUUAGCCUAAUAAAGGCCAUUACCUCCCCAUACCAGCCUUACCUUGCUGCAGAGCUGGUGCAAAUUGCAGCCUCCCCGUUUGGAAGGCAGAGCCGACGAGGCAGCCGAAGCAAAUUUGUUUUUCAAAGGACCAAAUGGGGCAAAAUUGCCCAUUUGGAUCUCAGAUCAAGGCUCUCUGGGGCACGCAAGCAAUCCGUCUCCUCUGCAAUGCAUCCCUCCCUGCCUGAGGAAAAGGCUCUCACACUUCCCACAAGGGUGAGCCUCAGCUCCACGAGAGGAGAUGCUGAGCUGUCCAGAAGCGGUUGCAGAUUGCCAGCUUCAGCUCUCCACCUCCUCCCCCCUUGGGGGAAGAAGCCUCAGCCCCUCUGGUGAAAAAGGCUCCUGGUGGGGAGCUGCUUCGUGCUGAGGUCCCUGCAGGAGGGAGAUGUUCUGCAGAACGGGCAUCUCAGCGUAAACUCCAGGAUAAGGCUAAAAUCCAAAUUGAGAGCUCAAUUUGGGGAUACUCCCAAAAAAUCAGAUGACCCCAUAUCACCUUAGCCAGUGCCUCAGUGUCCCCUGGAGAUGCCAAUGCCAAGAGCAGAGUUCCCAACACAGCAGUGGCUGCACAGUGAUGAGACACUGGGUGCUGCGGCACGGGGAGGUGACCAUGCUGGGGAACCAUUUCCCACCCCCAUGGGGCUUUCUUCCCAUCUGGGGAGCCCUGCCAAACUCAGCCUGCUGGAAAACAUUCUGCGAUGGCCUUAAAGCAGGUUAAAAGGCUUGUGGUCAUUACUUUUUAAACUCACCCAUGCUCUGGCAGAGCCGGAGCCGGGACGCAGCGAGAGCAGGGUGGUGCAGGAGCACGAGGAGAAAUGGAAAGCGGAGGAAAAUCUUAACCCCGUUUCCACCCCAGGAGCUGGGAACUGAAAACCCAAGAUGCUUACAGGGAAAGGCAGAGGCUGUUGGUGUAAAUUUGCUGAUAGCUUGAUGUGUGCCAAGGUUUUGUCCCGGAUUAGUGAAGGCUCCCCGUAAUGCCCCAGCUCCCGCAGUCAGGCAGUUGCAGGGGGGUCGUGGCUUUUCUCAAUUUAGGUUUUGCUGAAUAAAAAAGGACAUCUGUGGGAAAAAGGGACCACUGAUAGCAAAUGCUGCACGUGAGACUUGGGAGUGACACGGACCUGGAGCACCAACCAGCUGCACUUCUCAGCAGCGCCCUGCAGGCACCCGAGGGCUGAUCCUGCUUCUCCCCGCAGUGACGCCUGCCCAAAAAACAGCCCGGGAAAGUGGGGCCCAAUCCUGCCCCCGCUGGGCGCUCGGAGGGCACUCUGCAUACUUAUACAUACCUAUGUACCUCUACACCUCUCUCUGUCUAUAGGUGCACGGAACUGAAGCGGCUCUGCGCCCCCCAGCCCUGUCCCCUCUGCCCCAGCUGCGUGGUGGGGACGGCGCCGGGUCCCCUGCCCGGACCUCGACCUGCUUGAGCCACCGCCCCCAGUCCUCGUGAUUUGCUGGCAUUGCUGUAUAGGAUCCAUGCUUUCUAAAUAAU